AAAAGAACAAUACUUGUAAAUGUAUAUUUUGAAAUAUAUGUUUUAAAAUAGGCGAUUGACCGACAGCUGCUAUUCAAUUCUGAACAGACCUAUACUGCGCGAAGUUUAUCUGUCACGUGGUCGCCUGUGUGAAGGAUAGCAAAAUGACGAUGUCGACGCUGAAAUCAACGACACGUAUGCAAACACCCUCACGGCACAGAAGCCAAUUGCGUGGAUCAGAACUUGAACAUGUGUUGUCGUCGUCAAACAUAGCUUUGGACUUCAAACCAUGUGUACGCGAUUCGUGGGCCUUGGUGCGUGGGAUGAAGUUACCCGAAGGUACAUAUCCCAUGUCUAAGUUUUUAAGUGUGUACUUCGAUAAUCUAUUCCUGCAUAUUCCAGAAACACAAGAGCUAUUCCCUGACCUACCAUUACAGAGCGAGUAUAUUGCAUUGCUUUUAUCAGUCGUAGUAAAUUAUGACGAAUCACCCACUAAUGAGAUCGACAAGAAGAAGCAGAAGUAUAAAAAAUUAGUGAAGGAUCUUGAUUUCAGUAUGCAUACACACAUUCUGGCCGGAAGGGCUUUACUUCGCACACUACAAAUAUGUCUGGAGGAGGAUGAUUUUAAGACUGAUGUGCGAGAGGCCUGGGCAGCAGAGUACGCGAACCUCGCGCACUUUGCCUGCAAGCAGUCGGAACGAUCGGAAGUAACCAAAGAGGCUAUUGCGAAUUUGGUCGUGUAUCUGGAUAUAACGAAUCAAAAGUUCCUAGAUAUGCUGAAUGACGGCGACGAGUACAAACUGAUGGUUCCCAGAAGUGCGAUUAAAGCCGAUAGGUUGGGCUCCCUUCGCAGAGCGUUGGGUACGAAAUCGAGAUCAGAUAGUGAGUUAACGAGGAGAGGAAGCAAAGAACUCACUCAGGCUCUGACUAUUAAUAGUAGUACAGUCAAGCCUGUGGCUAGUAACACACUCCACGUUAAUAAUAGUAAAGCAUUGAGAAGAGCAAGUGGUACGAGUGUGCUGACCAGUCAACCGAGCAAAGGGAAUAAACUCCGGCGAGCCAGUGGGCCUGAGCAGUUGAUCACGGGCGAGGUAAAUUAAAUAGUAACAAUGAGCCAUAUAGCAAGAUCUACGUAUCGAAGCUCUGCCAGGUUGAAUUGCAUAGUGUUUCUGCCACGAAAUCAUAGCUAUGCAAGUGCACUUACGUUUAUUUAUACGUUGUACAUUCACACUUAAAACUAAACUCCUUCGUAGGUUGAUGGAGUAUAGACAAUGCACGCUUGUCUCUCUUGGUACACAUGCAGUUGAGCAAGAAUGAGUUCACAUAUUAUUAUGAAUAUACAAACGAGCAUAUAUUCACAUAGUGAAACAAUCUCCAUCACGAUACGUAAAUCAUUGUCCAAAAGCUAGCACUACAUAGGACUAAACAAAAGAAUGUCGCUCACGAUAUAGUAAAUCUAAACAUGUGGCGACGUGAAAAGUGCAAGCGUAUUCAUAUUUAAAAUUUGACAAAAUCAGUUUAAAACGAUUUACACAUGUGGUAUAUAUAUCAGUCGUUUCAAACGUAGAUAUGCCACUUAAAAUAAAC